GCGCACUUUCCGCCAUGAGCAGUCCGCAGGAGAACGGCUCGGCAGUUCAUUCUGAUCCGAUGGAGUCAACACCGGCACCGGAGACGCCUGGGGCUUUCCCGACGACUAAUGGAGUGAACGGCGAGCACAGUCAUGAGGAUGAGAAGAGGCCUGAACCUCCACCACACAAGACACCCCCCAGUCCGCCUUCACAACCGGAGAAGCCUGCGGUUGAUGCGGAGGCGUGUAAGGCGCAGGGGAAUAAGUACUACAAGGCGCAACAGUACGAUCGAGCGAUUGAGGAGUACACGAAAGCUAUUGAGGCGAACCCGGCAUCAUCGACAUACUUGGCGAACCGAGCAGCAGCAUAUAUGGCCGCAAACAGAUGGCUAGAAGCACUGGAAGACUGCAAGCUGGCCGACGAGUUGGAAUCUGGUAAUGACGCGAAGGUCUUGCAUCGACUCGCAAAGGUUUAUACAGCGCUCGGUAGACCGCAAGAAGCACUGGAUGUAUAUGAUCGGAUACAGCCGCCGGCAACAGCGAAGGACAAGGCUGCAGCCUUGAGCAUGAAGACGCACAUCGAGCAGGCGCAGGAUAGCCUUAAGACGAGUUCGUCAGGUUCAAUGGUGCUGCAUGCGCUAGAUCAGGCAGAGCGAGGGCUGGGGUUCAUGGUGUCACCGCCGCGGAAAUGGAAGCUGAUGCGUGGAGAGGCGCACUUGAAGAUUGGCAAUGCGAACAGUCUCGGCACUGCGCAAAACAUUGCAAUGGAUCUUUUACGAGCGAACAACGCAGACCCGGAUGCAUUGGUGUUGCGAGGGAGAGCAUUGUACGCUCAGGGCGACAACGAUAAGGCCAUUCAGCAUUUCCGGCAAGCUCUCAAUUGUGAUCCGGAUUUCAAGGACGCACUCAAGUACCUGCGGAUGGUGCAGAAACUGGAUCGGAUGAAAGAGGAAGGUAACAGUCACUUCAAAGCAGGUCGGUACCAACAGGCUCUGGAUGUAUACACGGCCGCACUGGAGGUAGACCCACUGAACAGAGGCACCAACUCGAAGAUCUUGAACAAUCGCGCAAUGUGCUAUUCACGGUUAAAGCAAUGGCAAAAGGCUGUCGAAGACUGCGACAAAGCGAUCCAGAUGGACCCGAGCUAUACCAAAGCGCGCAAGACACGCGCCAAGGCGCUUGGCGAGGGUGGCGAUUGGGAAGAGGCCGUGCGAGCAUACAAGAGCAUCCAGGAGCAAUCGCCGGAGGAGCCCGGCAUUGCGAAGGAGAUUCGAAACGCGGAGAUGGAGCUCAAGAAAAGCAAGCGAAAGGACUACUACAAGAUACUCGGCGUGGAGAAGGACGCGACCGAGCCGGAGAUCAAGAAAGCUUACCGCAAAUUGGCCGUUGUCUGGCACCCGGAUAAGAAUCCAGAUAACCCGGACGCAGAGGAGAAGUUUAAGGAUAUAUCCGAAGCGCAUGAAACGCUCAUUGACCCACAGAAACGUGAGCGCUAUGACAGUGGUGUGGAUUUGGUGGACCCGAGUGAAGGCUUUGGCGGCGCUGGAUUUCCUGGCGGAAUGGGUGGUAUGGGUGGUAUGGGAGGCAUGCAGAUCGAUCCAGAAGUGCUCUUCAGCAUGUUUGGUGGUGGUGGAGGCGGUGGGCCCGGUCGCGGCGGCUUCUCGUUUUCGACUGGUGGUGGCGGCGGCUCACCGUUCGGUGCCCAAGGUUUCCCAGGAGGCCGGUCACCGUUCGGUUAGCCCUCCCCCGUCGAAUUGAGCAAGGGGGGCGUAAGCUGUAUUCCUGGUAUUCUUGGUCACGCAACAAGCGACAUAUGCAUCUGUGAAUCCGUGGCGGCAUAGCGUGGUGGGCUGUACAAACAUAUCUUUCUGCUCGAAAUGUGCCAUUUGUGCAGGCGGCGCACAGUACGAUUGUUCAGCUUAGCUCACGCUGAUAGAUGCAGAAUCAGACGUCGUAUGAUACCACCUGCGAAACGGCGAGGAAGCGUUAUCCGUCGAUGCACUAUCUCGGCACCAGAUUGCUUCAACCACUAAUUGCGCUUAAACACCAGUACCCUGAUCCCACGACGCGCGAGCGGCUGCUGCGUGCUGAAGCCAUCCGCCACCACGUCGAUAUCGCGCGCCUUCACCACAUUGAGAAGCCCAAUCUCAAACCACGAAACGAUCAUAAAUAGCCCCA